CUUUGUGAGAUUCUUCUAUACCUUUUGAGAUUUCUCUGUGCCUUUUGAGAUCUUUCUAUGCCUUUGAGAUUUUCUGUGCUUUCUGUGAGGUACAUGGCAUAGUUUCUCGAAGACAACAGCUCGCAUUGAUUUCCUUUUGUUGCCAUUGUUGUUUGUGUUCGGAGGUGACAGGUAUGCCCGACGCUUGCUCACUCCAGAUAACAGUCUCCCAAGAUUUGAAAGCCAGAUGGUAUAUAAGACAGAGAUCUUGCAGUUGUGUAAAGAUCUAAACCUCACUAGCAUUUCUCUUACCUGUCUUCCUUUCUCGCCAACCUCAUACGUCUGUAAACGCAUAUCAUGUACGCCAAAUCUGCCCUCGCUGCUAUCGCAACCAUUGCGCUCAGCUCGACUAUGGCCCUGAAGGAUAUCCCGUCCGAGCUCGAAGACAUCCUCAAGGCUAUUCCGACUGAUGACGCUGGAAUCAAGAGCAUGGUUGACUCCUUCGAUGCUGAGAUCUCCAGCAUUUUCAACGACCCCAAGUUCCUCCAGUCGAUCAGCGCUGCCGCCGCUGCUGCCGUAUCGGCUGGUGACAAGAAGUCCAACAGUGCCAUGGGAUCCAAGCCAGCCGUCGCUGCCGCUGCUGCAGUUGCCGCCGCUGCUGUGGCCUUCUUCUAA